ACUGCCUUCUGGCAAGUUAACCUUGAGCAAGAUGUUGUGAUAGAUCACGUGGUAGUCAUAUUCCAGAAAGGAAAUACUUCGCAAAGAAAACAACAAAAACGUCGGAAUGGAUAUUCCAUUAUUGUAACGGAUUCUCCUACAUACCUACCCAUGACAUCUGCUAACACGUGUUACAACGAUAAGGAUCCUGACCUGAGUGCAGAGAACCAUGAAAAUAGAUCAUGCAGCAUCAUCGGAAAAUAUGUCACUAUUUAUAACCAAAGGAAGACCCUUUCAGGACCAAAUUAUAGCAAGAAUGCUGUACUAGAAUUGUGCGAGGUUCAUGUUAUGGGUUGUCCAUUAACCAAAUAUGGUACUGAAUGUAAGGAAGACUGUCCAGAAAACUGUAAAAACCGAUUGUGCUUUCCCAGAAAUGGAACCUGCAUGAAAGGAUGUUCACCAGGUUACCUUCCACCAAAGUGUGGACAAGGAUUUCAAACAAAGAAAAAGAGAUUUUUAAACUGGUUGUUUGAAAAUUCUAUUGGCGAAGUCUAG